AUGUUUCCAGCUCACACACUCAUCAUCCCUGCUAAGAGGGAGGAGGACAGCAGCACCCUGCAUGCUUCACACAAAGCAGCUCUGGCAGGAGGCCCCCCUGAUGUUGGCAAAAUGUUGGGAGGAGAUGAGGAUAAAGAUCCUGAAGCAGAAAAAGAGAAGGAAGAAGAGAGACAGGAAGCUCUGAGACAGGAAGAGGAUGAGAGGAAGGACAAACACGCCAAGAUGGAAGCAGAGCGGGAAGCCAUAAGACAGGGCAUCAGAGACAAGUAUGGCAUUAAGAAGCGCGAGGUGGCCGAAGCAGAGGCGCAGGCGGCGAUGGAGCAGGCGAGCGAAGGCAGUCUGACCCGUCCAAAGAAAGCAGUACCAUCCGGCUGCGGAGAUGACGAGGAGGAGGAAAACAUCAUGGACACGAUGAUGAAGUAUCUACCGGGCCCGCUGCAGGACAUGUUGAAGAAGUAAUUCCCUAAAUAAUCUCAAGCACACGCAGCUUUAGAUAUUAUUUUAACGUGUACUGACUUCGGCGAGAAGAGAGCACACUAGACAAAACACCUACUACAUUUACCUUUCACAUAUUUCAAUUUGCAAGGAGCUUUAGAUAUUAGUGACAGAUCAAUCAAUCAAGCAAGAGGGUAUAAUUAUCAGAAUAUAAGCCAUAUUUUAUCUUUACAGGGAAACCUGAAUCACAUCAUCUCUUCGGCUGUUAUUUCUUAUUCAAUACGUAAACAGCAAUAUAUAUGCAUGAAUUGUUCCGAGUGUCUAUUCCACUGUUUUGUAUCACCAAUCGAUAAGGUUUUCCACGUUCAUUUAGCGUUCAAUAUGAGGAAAAAGUACUUGGUUAAAGACAUUCUGGUCUUGCAUGUGUCCAUAGUGUUUGUGUGCUCACUGACAUCUUGUUUUUGUCACUGCAGAGAUUGCAAUCAGAUAAAGGAGGCAAUAACAUUCUCCCACGCUGUAAGCUAAAUGACAACAACUUUGUACGUUUGUCACUACGCCAUUUAGUUCAUUCUGGUGAAUCUUGUCCCACUUGCACUGUAGUUUCAUCAGUCUGGAACAUUUAAUGCCUCAAUUCAGUUUAACAGUGUUGUCGAGACUGUGUUCUCGCACCAUUUUUGUGCUUUACAACAGAUUCUGAAUUUACGAAGAUUUCUGAUUUUUAGAUUGAAACUCAGUUUCACAGGGAUGGACUAUAAUUUCUCUGGUCUAGAGCAAGGGGGAAUUCUCGUCUGUGAUCUACAACAUUCUCAGCAAUAAUAACGUAUUCUGUUUGCUUGGCUUGCA